GCUGCUCCAUGGCGAUGGGCCCGGCUCUGGGUCCGGGCGGAGCGGGGCCGCUUUUGGCGACUCUCCUCAUCCUCGGGACCGUGUCUGCAGACAAUGACUGUUUGUGGUACACAGAUAAACUUGGAAACUGGCACAUUGGCUUUGACUGCUCAUUCUUUUACUUCUGCUGUGGAAACUGCACUUACCGCUAUUGUUGCCUGGAUCCAAUGCAGCUCAUCACUGAGAAACAACAGAAGUAUUGUAUGUCCAUGCACCUCAGCUCCACCACGAUUGCUGGAAUUGCCUCUGCUGUCCUCCUGUUCAUCGUUAUCGUUGGGAUUCUGGUUUGUUGUUUCUUGUGUUCCUGCUGUUACCUGUACCGUCGGCGACAACAGAUGAGGCUCCCCUUCACAGGUCAAAGGGAGGUGACACACAGUUUCCCAAUGCAGCCAGCCAAUCCAUCCAACAUGCCCUCAGGUGCAUACCCUCCAUAUCCAACAGCUCCUACCUACGGUGUUCCAGUGAUGCACAAUUACCCGAUGCAGCCAGGCUAUCCUGCCAACACGCCUGUAGCAUCAUAUCACCCAUACCCAGCAGCUCCAGCCUACAAUGCUACAGCUGCUCCCCCGUACACCUCAUCGUAGCUGGAAUGAAGAACAGCUGCCAGACUCUGCUCCCAUACUCCACAGCUCCAGGCUCUAGUUAACUGGGAUACCGCAGUUUUGUCUGAUAGGAGCCCAUUAGCUGGAAAACAUCAUUUGCAUGACUGCCAUAUAUUUGUUUUUUGAGAUUUCUAAUUUUGGAAUUCAAAUUAUGCUGAGUGUUAUUUUCCACCCUUACUAAGCUGAAAGUUUAUCUGUAGUUGUUUAUUUAUUUAUUUAUGGCUGUUAUUUCACCCUGUGCCAUUGACCUCUUUCAGCAGACUCUGAAGUAGUAUUCCUGGGCUCUACAAUUUCAUACAAUUUGUUAUUCACUGUUAAUUUCAGUGUAAUAAUAUCAGUAUUAUUUGGAUGAAGAACGCAUUGACAUGUUUGAUGGAAUGCAGCUCUGAUGUCAACUAUGUUAUAAAAGGGUUCAUUCAAAGUGUAAUUUGGCUGAAUGAUUGAUUACAGGGUGAGGCCCACAGUCUGUGUGUGUGUGUGUGUGUGUGAGAGAGAGCAGUCAGUGGGUGUGGACACAGGAGGAGUGCGUGUCUGUGUGUGGAGGUAUGUCUGUGGCAGAGUCAAUGUGUGUGUUUAUAAGUGUGUCUGUGUGUGUAUGUCUCUGUCAGGGUCUGUGCCUUUGUAAGCUUGUCUGAGUUGGGGUCUGUAUAUGUAAGUGUGUGUGUGUGUGUCUGAGUUGGAGUCUGUGUCUGUGUGUGUAAGUGUGCCUAUGUUGGUGUGUGUGUUCCUGUGCCGGUGUCUGUAUCAUGUUGUGUGUUGAGGGUGUCUCUGUAAGUGUGUCCUAGUCUGUCUUUUUAUGUCUGUGUGUUCGUUCCACAAUCUACUCCAGUACGUUUUGUUGCUGCAACCCCAUGGCAAGGUUUGAAAAUGAUCCUUCAGCGAGAACUGUGAGAAUGGUGUGUGGGCUGACUGUGAGACUGGCCGAGUCGGAUGGUAGUAAGGGCACAAGCUAGAGAGGCAGCAUAGCUGUUUACACUCAGUGGGAGAAUGCUGACUCACAAUAUACAACUCUCAGCCCCACGGGGGAAUCCCAGUUCUCACUUUGUAAAGCUCUGCCCUUCUCCCUGGUUACUGACUGUCAUGUGUCUACGUAUGUCUGCAAGCUGAGCAUCUGCAGUGUAAGAAGGUGUAUGUGGAAGAUGUGCAUGAUGAUAGUUGGUGUAUGUGUGUCAGAGAGAGUCAUAUCUGACAUGUGAGAAACAUUGGUUUUGUAUGUGUGUUUGAGAAUCUGGAGACCUGUGUGAGAGAGUGGGUGAGUCUGGGGGUAUGAGAGAGAUUGGGGAAUGUGUCUAUGUGAGACAGUCAGUGUGUGUGUGUCAGAAUCUGAAUGUGAGAGUCGGGAGUGUGUGGUUGUGUGAGUGUCAGAAUCAGGGUAUGUAUUUGAGUGUCGGUGCGGUGGGUGUGAGAGAGUAGGUGUGUGUAUAUGUAUGAGUGUGAGAAAGCGUGGGUGUACGAAAGAGAUUCGAGGGUAUCCGUGUGUGAAAGUCAAGUCUGUGUGCAAGUAUGAGCAAUAGGGCUGUGCAUGAGCUGUAUGUAGGCCAGACCAGAUAAGGAUGGCAGUUUCCUUCCCUAAAGAACAUUAGUGAAUCAACCUGAUCAUCGUUAGAAUCUUAAUUCCAGGUUUUAUUUUGAAACUCUGAAUACACAAACACAAAGAAACAGAAACAGACAGACAUGAACAUGCUUACUAAAUAAAAGCAAGUUACUGCGGAUGCUGGAAUCUGACACCAAAACAGAGAAACUGUUGGAAAAUCUCAGC